AUGUGGCUCUUUGGUAUAUUGUUUGUGAUUCUGCUGUUCCUCGUCCUCUUAUUGGCUGUUUUUCACUACACGUCCAAAGGAAGAAAGUAUUGGCACUUCAAAAAUGUUGCUUACAGGGAGCCUUGUCCCAUAUUCGGAAACUUUGGAGCAACGUUCACAAUGAGAAGAAGUUACACAAAAAUGUUACAAUUCUUCUAUGACAAUUAUAGAGACCAGAAAUAUGUUGGACUUUUUCAAGCUCGGAGACCAACACUGAUGGUUAUUGACCUGGAUAUUGCAAAAACUAUAUUCUCCAAAGAGUUCCAGUGCUUCAGUGACCGUGUGUCCGUGUCUACUGAUACGCAGCGUGAGCCGCUACUGCGUAACCUGGCGAAUAUGGGAGGCGCUGAGUGGAAGGCCAUGCGCCAUAUAGUUACUCCCACCUUCUCAUCAGCUAAGAUGAAAGCCAUGUUUCCCUUGAUAGCCGAAUGUGCGCAAACGCUAAAAGUUAUUCUUUUAAAAGAAUGUAUAGAAGAUAUAAACGUGCCCAGUAUGAUGACCAGAUUUACUACAGAUGUUAUAGGAAGUUGUGCAUUCGGAGUGGAUCCUGGAGCUCUGAAAGAUUCCGAAUCACCAUUUCUACAGAUGUCACAAAAAAUGUUUAAGAUUGAUCGCUCUACCCUUCUUAAACGGUAUUGCCGAACAUUUUUUCCCAGGCUGUUUAAAUUAUUGAAUUUAAGAUCUUAUUCUUCUGAUGUGGAGACAUUUUUUACUUCUAUAAUCAAUCAAGUUUUGGCUGAGAGAAGAUCGGGUGUUCAAAGACACGAUUUCCUUCAACUUAUGUUGAACGAGCAGAAAACUGACUCCGGCUUUUUAAUGACAGACGCUUUAAUCACCUCGAACUCUUUCAUAUUUAUGUUAGCGGGUCUGGAAACGUCUGCAACUACUUUGUCAUUCUCUUUGUACGAAUUAGCAAAGGAUAAAGAUAUUCAAGAUAGUGUAAGAAGAGAGAUUAUAGAGUGCCAAGAAAGGCACGGAGGUCUUAAUUAUGAUGCUGUAAUUGCAAUGCGUUUGGUGUCUCAAGUAGUAGCGGAGACGUUGCGGCUGCACCCGCCCACACCAAUGACGACGAGGCUCUGCACUUCUCCCUACAAACUCAACGGAGAGCUUUCUAUAAAAGUCAAAGAUCCUGUUCUAAUACCCAUCCACUGCAUUCAGCGAGACCCACUACAUUUUCCAAAUCCAGACAAGUUCGACCCGGACCGAUUUAAAGACGAUUUAAAUCCACCGGGCUUUAUGGCUUACGGCGAAGGCCCAAGGAGUUGCCCCGGUGCACGAUUCGCCCAGCUGACAGUGGCAGCUGGAUUAUCAGUGAUCCUAUCCACAUUCACGGUGGAACCCUGCGAGAAAACCACUCCAACUAUACAGUACGACCCAAGAAGUGUCAUGCUGAAGAACAAAGGAGGAAUAUGGUUGAAGUUCGUGCCUAUCACUGACAUAGAUAAAUAA